AUGUUGAGCCCAGUGUUCUACAGGAACUAUGUUAACCAAGUGGAGACUUUGGUUCAGUCCGAUCCGACAGAAUUCUGGAAGAUCAUUAAUAAUAAAAGACGCAGUCACUCUGACAUUCCGUCGACUAUGACCUGGGACAAUCUUUCAGCAAUCACUGGUGCCGAAAUAAUCAAUUUAUUUGCACCUUACUUUGAAAGUGUCUACAUCCCUGUAACAAGUGAUAAUGAACUUCUUGAUGUCAAUCAGAAUGAAGUUAGUGCCAACCUGGAUGACUUCAAAGCCACUUUCGAUGUCGUCUACAAACAACUGAUGAAAUUGAAUCCCAAUAAAAGAGCAGGACCAGAUGGGAUUCCCAAAAUGUUUUUCAGGAAUUGUGCUGCCGGACUUUGCGAACCCAUAACAUAUGUAUUUAACAAAUCACUGCAACAGGGGGUAUUUCCAACAGACUGGAAAGCUUCCUUUGUUUGUCCGAUACAUAAGGAUAGCUCUAGAUCAUCUGUCUCCAAUUACAGGCCUAUAUGUAUCCAAUCUUCAUUGGCUAAGUUACUUGAGAAGGUGAUAUUACCUCAACUGGCAACUUCCUUCAACUAA